AUUUCGGGUCAAAAAUCUCGGUCCGUAUAAAUAACACCACCCUAAGUGCCACGAACACUUGCAAACCUGGACAAACUCUGUUGACGCACCUUCCCGCCGCACAUUUCAGUCUCAUUGCCGGCGCCGUCAUUCCAGGGAUCCCAGUGGUUGAAAAGGUGCUCUGAAGAAUUUGGAGUUGUUUCAAUCAGAUAUUGCUGAAUGGAUUUUGAUGAAUAUGAUUAUUUAGAGAAGGAAGUAGAAAAUCUGGAAGCCCAGAAAUCAAAGGGAGCAGGAAAUGGUGGUGAAGAACCACUUAUACAUGAAUUCAAAGAACAUACUCGGCGUUUGAAGCACCAAAGUGACAAGGAUGAUGGUGAUUUGGACUACCGCUUAAAGCGCUCAAAGUCUAGAGAAGAGUCUCGUGAUCAUGACAAGGAGAGGAGCUCAUCAAGACGACACCGUUCUACUCCAAGAAGUGGUGAGAGGAAUGGCAGUGAGAGACCCAGAAGUAGUCGGGAGUAUAGAGAUAGGGACAGAGAGGAGAGGAAUGGGAAGGACAGAGGCCGGAACCAGGAUCAAGACCGAGACAGAGAUGUAGACAAAGGCAGAGACAAGGAUCGAGAUCAAGACAGAGAUAGAGAGAGGGAUCGUGAAAGGAGUAGGAGAGAGCGUAAUCGUAACUAUGAGAAGGAAGUUGAUAGAGAGCGAGAGCAAUCACGUCGAAGUAGAAGUCAUUCUGAAAGGCAUCAGGAAGAGCCCUACAGAGAGAGGAGUCGGGAUAUGGAGCAUAGGGAAAGGGGGGAGCAUAAAGAACCUGACCGUGAAAGCAGGCGCCAAAAAGAUAAAAAGGAAGAAGUGGCUGAACCAGAGGCUGAUCCUGAACGAGAUCAGCGAACUGUUUUUGCUUAUCAGAUAUCUUUGAAGGCAGAUGAAAGAGACGUGUAUGAAUUCUUCUCAAGAGCUGGCAAGGUGCGAGAUGUCCGCCUUAUAAUGGACCGGAAUUCAAGGAGGUCAAAGGGGGUCGGGUAUAUUGAAUUUUUUGAUGUAAUGUCGGUCCCUAUGGCAAUAGCACUCUGUGGCCAGCCACUGCUUGGUCAGCCUGUGAUGGUUAAACCUUCAGAAGCUGAAAAAAAUCUAGUUCAGUCUACUACGUCUACAGCUGUGACAACAGGUGGGCAUAUAGGUCCCUAUUCUGGGGGAGCUAGGAGGCUUUAUGUUGGUAAUCUGCAUUUCAACAUAAAGGAAGAUCAACUUCGUCAGGUUUUCGAACCAUUUGGUAUGGUGGAGCUGGUUCAGUUGCCUACUGACCUGGAGACUGGUCAUUCCAAAGGUUUUGGCUUUGUUCAGUUUAUACGUCUUGAAGAUGCUAGAGCUGCGCAGAGUUUGAAUGGACAACUGGAGAUUGCUGGUCGAGCAAUCAAGGUGUCAGCUGUAACUGAUCAAACUGGAUUGCAAGAUGUAGGGAUAAAUCCUGGUGAUUUUGAUGACGAUGAAGGAGGUGGUUUGGCUCUUAAUGCUCGCUCUCGAGCUCUCCUCAUGCAGAAGUUGGAUCGCAGUGGCACUGCUCCAAGUGUAGCUGGUACAAUGGGUAACCCUCCUGUUAACAACUUGGGUCUUCCACCACCAACCCCACCAAUUCUUGGCGGCGCACCUGCAGUUCCUUCCCUUGUUAGUCCUCUUGUACAAGCUCCUGUUCCUGCACUUGCAGGAUUGGCAGGUGCAGGUCUUUCAGUUCCUCCUGUUACUGUUCCUUCUAUUGAUAUGAUUGGUAUUCCAAGCCAGUGUUUGUUGCUGAAGAAUAUGUUUGAUCCAAAAUCAGAGACUGAACCCGAUUUUGAUUUGGAUAUUAAAGAAGAUGUUGAGGAUGAAUGCUCCAAGUUUGGAACCCUUAAACAUAUAUUUGUAGACAAGAAAACUGAAGGAUUUGUGUACUUGCGAUUUGAAAAUACACAAUCUGCAAUUAGCGCGCAGCGUGCCCUCCAUGGAAGAUGGUUUGCUGGGAAGAUGAUCACGGCAACAUUCAUGUCGCUCCAGAACUAUGAGGCAACAUUUCCUGAGAGCAGAUAGGAUGUGGGUGGAUAGUGGAGGUAGAAACGGCUCUUUCCAGUUGUCCUGCAUGGCUUCCAUGUUGGACCGAUCGGUUUUUGACUGUUCUAGGCGGCAACUAUUGCGACGAGUUUUAACAACCAGUUUGAUUGCUGAGGACACCACUGUGCUGCUAAAUAUUCCAUAGAAUUGUGUGGCACCCACAGAAAUAGAAUAAUGGUUUGGUCUUUCGUUCCCCCAUUUUGAUGUUGAAAAUUUUUAUAAAUGACUGUCAGACCUCUCUGCGACUGCUUUUGCUUCAAGUUAUGUGGUUGGAUGAGAUUUGUUUUGUAGCUAUUUUCCUAAUAGCUGCUGGUUGCUGGAUCAUUUACUAGGGGUCUGUUGGUCUAUCACUACCAGUUAUUCAAAUGAUGAGAGCUUGGAACCACUUUAUUUAAAGGAGAGUCAAAAGUUUGUGGCGGUCAAGCUUAUUCUUAUUUGCUUCAACGAUUGUGCUGGCCCAAUUGAAAACAUUCUUUAUUAUUGUUAUUAUUAUUAUUAUUAUUGACAACUAGUUGAAAAGGUUUUUUCCAUA